UAAAGUUUUUUUUGACUAAGGCAGAAAAAUGGGUGGGGAAUCUUCUAUUACAAUUUUUAAUGUUAACUGUGAAAAGAAAAAAAACAUAAAUAUUAGCUGUAAAUUAGUAAGCACAGGUUAGAUCGUAAAGCUCCCUCCCCCUUAUUUGUGCUUAUUGAGGUUUUUUAAGAGUUUUUUUUAUCAUGAAGUCUUGUGUCUAUAGAUAAUUGAUAUUACACAAGACUAAAUAAAUUAGGCAUUUGAUAUUAUCUAUAAACUUUGUCUAUUGUUCUGUGAGUGCUGUAAACCGAGGUAGAUUGAUACAUUUGAUACUAAUAAAUCUAAUACAAACCAAGAUGGAUCAACUUUACAAUAAACCCAGGAUUUAAGAUACCAUAGUUGAAUAGUUCAUACUAUAUGCAGUAUACACCUUGUCAGUUGCCACUUGCCAUGAAUCAUGAUAAUAAAGAGCUGAAGAUAUAAUUUACAAAUCGUGGACCACGAACCAAAGAUGUAUCGCCUUAUCACUCAUCAGUCAUCUGUGAACAUUGAACACUGUGCACGUGAGCCAACUUAUCUAUGGUCGUAUCUUAUCUAUUAUCUAAUAUCUAUGUGACUUCGGUAAUAAGGCACUAAAGUUUAAAACAUAACUCCUUUUCAAGGUGGCCUUAAAACGUUUAAAGCCACUGAAUAGAUGAAUGAAAUAGAUUUAAUUUAUUUUGUAAAAUGUGUGGUGACGUGCAGUACUGCAGUAGUUUUAUUACUCUAAGUGAAGUAGUCAUAUUUUAUAUUGUAGUACCUAUUUAUAAUAUAAUAUUUCUUUUUAACUAUUUAUCUCAGUAUUUUGUAUGUAACAUAUGUACCGAACAUGCAUAAUAAAUCAUGAUUGUUUCAAUAAUAUUUUUUGAGAGUGAAUUAUGACGUUCAAGAAAUGUGAAGCCACACCACUGCUGCUGCUGGUGAAAUGAAUUUGUCGUCGGCUGAUGACGACUUGGAUUUGAACAUUUUUGACCCAUACACACAAGCUGCGUUGAUCAGAGGAGGUUUUUUAUCAUCCACAAAUAUUUUAAAGUAUACCGAGGCAGAAUUUAGAAAAAAAGCAAAUUUGACAGUAGUAGCCACUCGCCGCGUGUUUAUUGUAGCAGCCAAUAUAAGUGCUUCAAAUGUCAAGUGUCAUCAAGAACCAAACAACCAAGUACUUACUACAGGUUGCAAACAGAUCGAUACACUUUUGGGGGGAGGCCUAUUCAAAUAUGGUAUUACAGAGAUCUCAGGCGAAAGCGGCUGUGGGAAAACACAAUUUUGCCUGCAGAUCGCACUCACUGUCCAACUUCCAUUACCACUUAAAGGAGCAAAAUCUGGAGCUGCAUACAUUUGUACUGAAGAUCGAUUUCCCUCUAGUCGAAUACAACAGAUGAUCUCUAAUGUUCGUUUUAAAUAUCAAUGUGACAGCAAAAUUGAUAUGAAGGAAUUAUGUGAAACAGAUUAUGGAGACAAUAUUCUGAUUAGUCACAUAGCAACUGUGGAAGAUUUAAAAAAAUGUAUCCAUGAAAUGCUUCCAAAAGCACUGUUACACAGACCUAUAAAACUUAUUAUCAUUGAUAGUAUAACAGCAGUAUUCCGUGGAGAGUAUACACUAAGUGAAGUACCUCGUAGAUCCAGGGAUCUCAGAGAUAUAGCAGUUUUCUUACAUAAGCUAUCUGUUGAACAUGGACUAUGGAUCAUAUGUGUUAAUCAAGUAACAUCAUCAAUAUCAGAUAUUGGCGGAAAUAAAUUAGUUCCAUCUUUGGGGCUUUCGUGGGCGAAUUUAGUGACUACUAGACUUAUGAUGUCCAAGACACAUUCUUCUAAAUACAUUGAGGUUAUGUUCAGCCCACACACAGCUCCAAGAAGUGUUCCUUUCAGAGUUACUGAACAAGGGAUUGAAUGACUAAACUGAAAUGCAUUGUUUAUUCAACAAAAGUAAUUUGUAUUUUGAAUUAUUUUUUUAUCAUCAGUCAUGACGUGUUUUUUCAUGAUAUAUAUCCACUUUACAAAAUAUAUUUUUAUAAAAAUAA